UGUUCAACGUCCCUGCUCAUGUUUUCGAUAAAGCUGCAACCGAUUACCAACAGCAUAAAACGCUUGCAACGAUUGCCAAAAGCUCGGUUUGGAGAGCCCUUGACGCAAUUGCCACCUAUAUUAGGUCUCAAGACAAUGCGUCUCUCUCUGCUAUUCGUUACGUAUAUACGCCGAUCAAAGAUAAAGUAGGUUAUUAUUUUGAGAGAAAUAAUGGUUCCUUUUCGACUCGUGCGAAAUAAUGUCUUCCAUCAGAUCUUGAAACGCGAUAAAACAAAUGCGCUUGCGGGAUUGCGGAUCGCCAAAUUCCUCUUGCUGGAUCGCACGAUGCACGAUAUAUUCAGUCGAUUUCUCGAUACACAAUUGGAUCAUCAUGAUAAAAAAAGCCAGCUGGCAGCUGUUAUGAUUCUGGAUUAUAUUUGCAGUCAAUGGCCAACGCUGCCGGAAGCUUUCGGUGCCACUACGCAUGACGAGGUUUUGGCUAUUUUAGACUUUUAUCCGUCAGUCAUGCGCAUCAUCGAGAAAAAUAGUGAUCAGCCGAAUCUUUUAUCCUGCAAAGCUUACGAUGUGGUGCUCAAUCUGUCCGCAUAUGCUACGCUUGCGACAUCAAUCCGGGAACCAACGGCGCGUGAACGACCGGCUUCCGAUAAUGAGAGUAUCGUUAUGAUUGAGGAAGUCCAGCCGAACCAACAUGGAUAUGAUAAAGUCAGGAACAUGUGGCGGGAUCUGUUCUCUUUACUGCAAACGAUGGAUCGCUGGGCUCGGAUGGAGAACCCCGUCGAUAAGGCAAUUCUUGCAGAGAUCCAGCAGCUUUUUUCUGUAGUUAAGGUGAUGUUGUCGGAAGGCAACCUUGACGCAUUGAAUGACGUGGGACACGUGUGGUUCAAGUGGACGCGCUUGCUGAAAACGAAGCCUCUCCUUUCCAAAAAGGCUGUGGUGGUUAAAAAACGUUUGGCGAGCUUGGAAAGCACGGGAGCCGGCCGUGAUUGCGGAGGACUGGCGUUGUAUUCCAGGAUGGUUACCUUGGCGAUGAUGCAAAAAGGAGCGUGGAAAAAACCGGAGGAUCCGAUGGAUACGGAAGAACAGAAUGAAAUGAAGCUUGCAAGCGAACUUUGUCAGAAACUUACGAAUUGUUUCCCACUACCGUAUCCGUAUCAAAAUCUCGGUGGUGAUAUUCUUUGUGCUCUAUCGAUAUCUGUUCCUCAACUAUUUCACGGAAUCACACUACCAUUGCCCGUGGCGGAAAUGCUUGCGCACACCGAUCGGGAUCGCCUGGCCGAUCUAACAGAUACGUCACGGCAGCAACUGGUUACAUAUCUUUUACAGCAACCCCAUGCUACAAUACCCAUCUUAAUAAAUCGAAUACCUCCGGAUGGUUCUUCCUCGCUUACUUUGGAUACCCAGCUCAUCAACGAUCUCAUUACAACCUGCGUUUCAGAAGCCAACAGCUUCGUUCUCGAAAUUUUUUCCAGAGAGCUAUUGAAGAAAAUAGCAACCAAUAAUACGGCAUGUGAAUUGUUGAUUAAAUGCAUGCCCUGCCUUGAUCUACGGACGUUGAUCCUUCAUUUGAUGCAAAUGGCUCACAAUCCUGAUCCCCGUACAAACCAAGUGUGUAAAGCUCUGAUUGCGAAAGCACUCAUGGUGGAAUCGUGGGUGUCUGACAGUAUCUUGGUGUAUUUGGAUUUGAUAAGGGACUUUGAACAGAAAAAAGCCUUUGUCGUGGAUGCAGGAACGAAUUGCUCGUUUGCGAACAUUUCUCCCGCGAGCCUUGUCAACACUACUGCGUCUACGCUAUUGUCAAGUACACUCGAUGAUUCAAGUACGCAAUCCUUCACUAUGGAAUUAGUGUCUGUGAUAGAAUUGUGGAGUAACAAGGUGAAACCCGAGCAUUUGCGAUCUGGGCUGGCCCAGCUGGUGCGGAAAUCAUAUGGAAGCGCGCAAAGCUUGUCCUUGUCGAUCCUUGUGUGGAAAGUGCUUUCACGCACGUUGCUCACCCAGCAUCAGUUGAUCUGGGUGAUCCUUGAAGAGUGUGUAAAGCUGAUAAAAUCGCAACCCCAGCUGACCGAAUCACUGAUCGACGAUGAUUCAGCGGAAAGUACACUGGCUGUUCAGACUUUAUUGUAUGCUCGGUUAGCGCCAUUGCUUAUUUUGCUGACGAUGCCAAACAAAGUCUACGAUGUCGUCAAGUUAGCCGACGAUGCCCUGGCACGAUUUCAGCCCAGUUUACAGGUUUUGGAUAUCCCUUUACAAAAUAUCAAAAGGGGUACUAUCUCAGAUGAUUGCGCUGAAACCCAGCAUGAGCUCUUGCAGGAAUUGAUUUACCGAUCACAAAACGAACUCGAAUAUGAGCACGUAAAGCAACAGUCGAAAUCGUUGAUCAUGAGAAUUUUCUGCGCCUAAUGGCAAAAUUCAGCCGUUUGGAUCAUCUUAUCUCUACCACACGUUAUGACAUAACUUCAUGCAGUGCCCGGGAGAUUCGAUGGCUAGUUUAUUAUAUAAUGGGCCUUUCUCUCGCUAUUUAUUCUCAUUUGUAUAUUAUUCGCAUAGCAACAGACACUUACGGAUUUGAACCAUACGAAAAUGCAGCAUAAUCGAAUUAAAACAAUUACCCGGCAUUUACCUACACAGUCCUUAUUAUUGAAAUGCCACAGAUC